UGUUCGCGGUUUUGUUUAACCGGCGUGAAAGGUGCGGGAAUCUGGGCCCGUCCUGAGGUGACGGAAUUGAGGAAGUGCGAGAGAGAGGUUCUGUCCCCGCUGCACAGAGGCGGGUCUCAGGCUCGACGCCGCCGCCCGGGGGGCCCCAUCCCAGGCCUCGGAUCCGGACCGCCGCGCCCGUCUGCUCUCUCCUCUCCUGGCCCCGCUCCGCCCACAGAGUCCGAUGGCAGCGGCAGCCCGAAAGAACCCGCUUCAGGGCAGUGUGACCUUUGAGGAUGUGGCUGUGUACUUCUCCUGGGAGGAAUGGAGUCUCCUUGAUGAUGCUCAGAGAUGCCUGUACCACAACGUGAUGCUGGAGAACUUGGCACUUAUAAUCUCCUUGGGUGAUAUUGCAUCUUGCUCAGCACUGUUAAGGGAAAUCUGUUCCCCGGGUCCUGCAGUGGAGCCCUGUGCCUUGAUGUCCUGAAUUCUGUUUAGAGUAACAUCAAUGAUUUUAAGAUUAUAGAAACACUGGAUUAAUAGAGGCGGAGAC